AUGACCCAACGAAGCCUUUGGGAUUUAGCUUCACCAGUUAUGUUGGAGAUAACGCAGCUUUAUCCGCAGGGCGCAGGUCAUCUCGCCGUCGUCGGCGGGCCUGGACCGCAUGAACCAAGAGUGAGACAACGAUUGGGACGAGUUGAGCCUGACGCUCCUCGCCUCCACCACUCCAAGGGCUAUACCACCAGGCAGGGGCUUUCCACUCUGCUCGAACUGGCCGAUGACGCCCCGGAAAAGGAGCGGAUAAACAUGCGCAAAGAAUUUAAGUUGUAG